AUGGAGAGAGUGCUUGAAUUUACGAGCAUUGGAAAUGCUAUUAUCUCAGAAUUAUUGAAAAUAUCUGAGAUAAUUCCUGAUGAAUUCAAAAUAAGUGAAAAAAGUAAGAAAUUCAGUGAAGUUAUAAUGGAUUUUCAAUAUUUCAAAUUGAUGGAUAAAAUUGAUAAGAAGAUCGAAAGUGAUGGAAAUUUACUUGAACUCGAUGAGUUCAUUCGUGACAACUAUUCAAGGAUUCUUGUUCGAUUUUAUUUGGCGUUUGAAAGUAUCUUUGAAUACGCUAAUAAUUUAAAUUCUCUUAUCAAUGAUCUCAAUGAAGGAGAAGUGAUCCAAGAAUCACUUGAAACAAUUUUUCAAGAUCCUGAAGGCUGUCAAUUGAUUUGUGAGUCUUUAUACCUGUAUGCUGUGAUGCUCAUUGUGCUUGACAUUCACAUUCCUGGUCCGAUAAGAGAACGACUACUCGUUGCUUAUUACCGGUAUCACUCUGAAAACUUCGAUUCAAGCAUUGAUGAUAUUUGCAAGUUCUGUAGAUCGACGUCAUAUAAUCCACCCAAUCUCGCUCACACAUCAAUCGUUCAUUUCCAACCACAUACAGCUGGUAAAGGCUAUCCAGAGAAUUUCUUCUCACGUGUUCAACUUGAUAAAACAUUUGUCAGCAUGGUAAUUGAAACACUCAAAACUGAAGACAUUUAUCAUCAAAUGCAAAAAUUUCCUGCAGCUGAACAUAGAACUAUCGCACUUGCGUCACAAUCUGCUAUGCUAUUUGCUUGUCUCUACUUUCAAACCGACACUUUGAUGAAUCAAAAUUCGAGAAUGCGAGAGAUUUGUGAUAAAUUCUUUUAUAAUAAUUGGAUAAUUUCACUUUAUAUGGGAUUAACUGUUAAUUUACUUGAUGCUUGGGAUGGAUACAAAGCAGCAAAAUCUGCUUUGGUUAAUAUUUUACAACCACAGAUGAUUAGAGAAAUCACAACUGAUAAUGAAUUGAUGAUGAAGAAGAUGAUUGAAUCGACGGGAGGAUUAUUAAAAGAAGGAGUCAUGAAUGAAAGUUUCCUCAUGAAAAAUCUUCCAAAGAUUAUAAAAAUUGUUAGAGAAUGUAACUUUUGUGUACGAUGGUGGAUUUUAAAUAGUUCCGAAAUUUAUACAAAAAAGUCAAAACCUUUCCACGAUCUCCUGAAAGAAGUUGGAAAUUUCAAGGAAGAAAAAUUAUAUGAAUUAAUUCUAAACAUCAGUCAAUUGGAGCUUUGUAUUCGUGAUAUUGUGAAAGAUUUACUUGAGAAUCGUGAAAGCAAAUGGACAAAUUACAAGACAGAAGUUAAUGAACGAUUGCAAGGUUUGAUUCUUUUAUUUUCUGGGGAAAUGACUGUCAUUAAGAUUGAAAAGAAUGAUCAUCUCAAAGCAUGGUUCGAGGAGAUUAUUAAAGAAAUUGCAACACUUGAUCUUCAACAAAAGCCCCGUGCUGUUGAAAAAAAGUUGAUUCAACUUAUGCAAGCAGUCGCUGAAGUUCAAGAAUAUCACAAUAUUCAAUCAAAUGCACUGGCAAAGCAACGUCUUGAUGAAGUUCUAUCGCUUUUAAGCAACAUGAUUCAUUUACUCAAUAUAAAAGAUUCAAUUCUUGUUGAUCUUCAAGCAAUCGGUGACUUCAGUUAUGCUUGGUAUUUGAUCGAUGAGUUUACUGUGAUAAUGCAGAAAAGUCUCCAAGAACAUCCAAGCAUUCUUAUUCGUCUUCGAGCGUUGUUUAUUAAGAUGUCAAGUGCCUUGGAAAUUCCAUUACUUCGAAUCAAUCAAUGUGGUGGAGCUGAAGAGCUUGUAAGCAUCACUCGUUACUACAGCAAUGAAUUGGUGAAAUAUGUGAGAAAAAUUGUUCAAAUCAUUCCACAUUCGAUCUUUAAUCUUCUGAAAUCGAUCAUUGAACUACAAACGAAUCAUUUAAAAGAGCUUCCUGAAAGAUUGGAAAAAGAUAAAGUUCGUGAAUUCGCACAACUUGAUGAACGAUUUAAAAUUGCUAAACUUACGUUUAACAUUUCUGUAUUUACUGAUGGAAUUUUGGCAAUGAAAAAAACUCUUGUUGGUGUCAUCGAAUUAGAUCCAAAGCAGUUGCUUGAAGAUGGCAUCAGAAUGGAACUCAUUAAUUCAGUUUCAUUAGCGUUUAAUGAAAAUCUUCAAUUUAUUGGCAAGUCGAAGAAUCCUAAAGAUUUACUUGUCGUGGAAAAUCUGACAAAACUUUCGAAAAUUAUUGACGGCUAUCGACGAUCGUUUGAGUAUAUUCAAGAUUAUCUAAACAUAAAUGGAUUGAAGAUAUGGCAAGAAGAAGUUAUGCGUCUCAUCAACUUUAACGUUGAACAAGAAUGCAACAGUUUUAUGAGAAGAAAAAUUCAGUUUAGUCGUUAUCAAAGUGAUGCAAUUCCGAUUCCAAUUCAUCCUCCAUUGCAAGGUGAUUCUUCAAUUAAUUUUAUUGGAAGACUCGGAAGAGAAAUGUUAAGAAUUACUGAACCAAAAUCAACAAUUUAUGUCGAUCUCCUCACAUCAUGGUUUGAUGUAAAAUCGCAUCAAGAAAUUGUCAAUCAAAAAUUCACAGCAAAGAUCAACGAAUCGAUUGAGAUUUAUGGUUUGGUUGGACUUGAUAAACUUUAUUCCUUCAUGAUAUCUGAUCAUUUGGAGAAAAUUCAUAGGCAGUUGCUUAAAGAAACAAUGAAGGAAAAGCAGUGGAUUGAGUUCUUUCAAAAGUUCAGCAACGAUUUAGGUGUUCGGAAGACAAGCAAUCGAGACAAUAAUUUGAAGCCUGAAAAUCCUUACAAAAACUAUCAAAUUUUCAUCAACAAAUGCAGUAAAUUAUUGCCAAAUAUUUACCAAUUUAUUAUGUGUCUGGGACAGAAACAAAUCUGGAGGAAUCACAUUGCUCAUGAAUUGACAACAACCUCACGAUUAAACUGUCGUAAUCUCAGUGAUUCGAUCGCUGCUUUUAAUGAUGCAUUAUUGUUAGAGUUGAGAGCUUUUGAAUUAGAUAACAACAAGCCAAGACCAAACUCUCAAAUUUUGUUGGAUCUUAACAAAUAUUUGGAAGUGACUGGACAGUACAAGCCAAUCGAGAAAGUUUAUGUUAAAAUGGGAAAAAAUUCAAAUGAAUUUCUUACAUAUCUCGUUAUUUUCUGUUUAACACAUCUGAAUCAUCUUGCAUUUGGAAAAAAUCUUUUAAAAUACAACAAAACAAGUGGACAUUAUUCAGCAGCGGCUGUCACUAAACAGCGAAAGAUUCUUUUAGAUUUAAUUAACAGCAGUCGAUAUAUUGACGGUCAUGUCUUUGCCCUUGGAUUAAUAACAUUGAUGAAACAAUUUCACGAGAACAAUUACUUACAAGAUUUCAUCGAGUUGUUUGGAUCCUGUGUCUUAGAAAUGAUGGAAUUCAAUUUAAGCACCAAAAAUGAAUUGAAUCUUGAAAUUCUUAAUGGAAUUGAUUUGUUGGAGACAAUAAUCAACGUGACAGGAAUAUCUCGUAUUAUUCUAGAAGAGAUCAUCCCACCAGAACUUCUCGAUCAAAGUGAUUACAUCUUGAGUUUUAAUUCAAUAUAA